CCAGGGGCGAGGUCGCCGCCAUGCGAUAGCAGUAGCAUUGUUUGCAAAGUUGUUCCCAUAUCUGGCGGAGCAUCUCUCUAAACGGUUCGGUGUUCGACACAUCGAUAUAACUGUGUCGGCAAACAGCCAAGAGUAUUUGCGAUGGAUAUCGUCGCCCCAACAGCUGACCGCAGCAGUUUGCUUGAGCAAAUCAAAAACAAAAACAAAAAAUGAAAACAGAGAUCUGUAUGCAAAAGGCAGAAUGUGUAUUGUUGUUUACUCACGCGAAUUAAUUGAUAGCCCCGCCGUGGUGGCCACUUCAUAUGUGCGCGGAAUCAUUUUGUGGUCAGGGUGUGAUGGUGGUCUUCGUGGAGGUCAAUACGAGAAACAAAUUGCGUGUGGUUUGUGUGAUUCAAAUGUGUUCGUUCCGGGAAUCGCCAUCGAUAUCGAUGCCGUGAUGCCGAAAUGUGCUAACAUGUGCCGUGUGGUGAUCAUCAAUAAUGACUCUUUGCAUUGGGAUUGAUUCCUGUUAGCCACCAUGGCUAUAACUACAUGUGCGAUUUUCGCUAAUCGUAUACUACCGUUCAGUGAUGGAAUGCGAUAUCGAGCUGAGAUAAACGCCAAUUGACGUGAUGUGUUGAUGUCAUGCAAAUAUAUUAUUCGAUCGGUGCAACUUUGAAAAAAUAUUCUACCACACGAACCUAUGACAUCAUCAACGAAGAAAGAACGCCUGAAAAUUCCGAAACACAGCUGGUUUCAACUGCUGAAAUCUCCGCAACAUCAACCGCAAAGUUUCUGGGACUGACAGUUUUUUAUGUUCUGAAGAAUAUUCUUGCACUGUUUUCACCAGCAUCCUCGUCAUGCAGCUUGAAGGACGCAGAGACUUUACUCGCGAUAGUGCUUUCUCUCUGUUCGGUUAUUCUAAUGCCCUUUUAUAUAGCAUUAAUCCAAACGAGACACAGAUUAAGUUAAUCUAAAUUCAAUUCCGAUGUUUGUUCUAAUGCUCUAUCGCGCGUGUGAAGUGCACCGACUUAAUGAAUAGAUAUGUGCUAUGAAUUCGAGAUAAACCAAGCAAGGAGCAGAACCCCCGAUUUCAUCGACAGUCGCGCACCAGUCAGCCGGGUGAGUGUGAAUGUGAGCAGUUGCGAAAAAGAGUGACAUAUUUCCAGUACUGGCUCAGGUGGUGCAAAGGUGGUGCCAAAUGAAGUUAAUAAUUCCCCGCUCGAUCCGUUCCAACGGAUACGGUGUCAAUUCGUGAAUCAGCAGCUAGCCCCAGCGUCAGUGGUGCAAAACCGGGCGUUUCAGCAUGGGUAAAACAACGAGCAAAUUAGAUAAGCGUCGAUCGCAAAGUAUAUCCUGGAGCCACAAAUUUGGUUCGCUGCACCGGAGAAAGAAAAAUGCGCCGAUGGUUAUCACUUCCUGUCCACACAUGGACACCCUGGAAUGGCUGACGAGGAUGGAUCUGGUGGAAUAUUUAGAUAAAUUCAAAUCCUUCAACGGAGUGGAGGACAUCCUGUACUACAGCGAAGCCGACAUAAAGAAAUUAGGAAUUCGUAAUAAUGCGCACCGAGCUCGCAUCGUUAGCAGCUUGGUCGCGCUGCGGGAGAAAGCAUCCACAGGGAGCAUGAAAAAGACUGACCCGCUGAUGAAGGCAAUGCGACACAGUGUUGCGGUGGAUUCCUCCUGCAAGGUAUCGGGCACCAAUCAGGAAACAAUCAGCUAUGAAUGUCUGACGGCCGGCAACACUAAGCAAAGUAAAAGUCUGGGCGAUCUCUUAGAUAUGGAAACACCCGACGGUGGCAAUGAGGCGGUCGCACUAAAAAAAGCUCUGGAAUGGGAACUGUCGCUGGAUUCGAGAGAUUUACGAUCGCACGCCUGGUAUCACGGACCGAUUCCCCGGCAGCGGGCCGAGGAGAUUGUGCAGAAAGAUGGCGACUUCCUGGUGCGGGAUUGCGUCUCCCAGCCGGGCAACUACGUGCUGACCUGCAAGAGCAAGGGACCGACGCUUCACUUCGUUAUCAAUAAGCUGCUAAUCCAACCCGAAACCGUAUACGAGAGAGUACAAUAUCAGUUCGAGGACGAUGCCUACGACACAGUUCCUGAUUUAAUAACUUUUUAUGUGGGCUCAGGGAAAGCUAUUUCGGCUGCUUCAGGAGCACGGAUUCAGUUCCCCUGCAACCGGAUCUAUCCACUUUCAUUCUACGCUUCCAAAUAUGGGCAGCAGGUGGGAGGCAUCCGAGGGCCAAGCCCUCUCAAUUCCCCCUCACCGGUACCAUCAUCUCCGGGCUUUAGGUAUAACCCGUACACACAGCAACCGAACACAUAUCGAAGCCCAAUUUCUUCGCCACCCCGCACCAAACGGGAAACGCCCCCGCGUUUACCGUCAAAGAAACAACGCUCUCAAUCUCUUACCCCACUCCACGGCGCACAAGCUGCCCAGCAGCGAUACUGCAGUGCCGAUGGUGUGAUACAAACCAAUGGUUCUGGGAACAAAACCAUUCCGAAACCUUCCAGGCUGGCGGGAUCCACGGAAAAGUGCAACAGUGCUGACGGAGUCAUUCAAAACGAUUCGACGGCUCGAUCGACGCCCACAGAUGAAAAAUGCUCCAGCGCAGAUGGAGUCGUCAAGACCCAAACCUUAACCCGAUCGGGAACCGCAGAUCAGGCGCUGAAGUUUAACUCCCAAUCACUGCCACGAUCGAACAGUUUAAGAUCAUCGCACGGAAUAAUGGGCUCGCGUACUUCCAGCAUCAACAAGGAACCAAGUGAGCACUCAUUGAGUCCAUGCAUGGAGCAGAAGCAAUUCGCGGAAGCCGAAGAGGAAACCGAGCAGCCACCCAGUCCCCCGCCAAAACCGAUACGAGGCGUUCACCGGAACGAUUCCAUCAAGGAGGCAGAUCUACAUGGACAAAUACACCGUAUGGGUUCGUACCAUCCAAGUGGAUCGGAUUCCGGCAAUGGCUCCGGUGACUCGGCACAAAGCUCCGCUGCUGGCGAGGAAAUUGUUCUACAGCAUCGUGGAGGAGUGAUAUUGAAGAAUCCUCGUUUUAUCCCCAACUCGUUGUCCUCCAUCACGUUGCGAUCGUAUGCGGACUUUGAUCCGCUGGCCGCUGAAGAGGCGCUCAUGUCGAUGAACAUUCCUGCGUUCGAGCAGAUCUCGCGUUUCGAUCUGGAGAAUUUUAACACACUUAUGCUUCCGUUCUGUGAAUACAAACCGCUCGAUAGCGGUACACUCAACACAUUCCGGAUGAUGCUCAGCGAAACCGGUUCGAGGGUGAUUGCGACCCACCUGACGAGGGUGGAUAUUGGGUUGAUAUUAGAAAAAGAUGACGACAGGAGUGACAACCCACUGAACUGUACCGGUUUGGAGCUGAUAACGCUGGAGCAUGGCAGACAAUUCCGACUCGAUCUGAUCGAACGCACCGAAUGUAUGAAGUUGCUGGUGGCUGUUACCAUUUUGACCUGCCAGGACGAUCUUGAGCGGGCUGAAACACUGAACAAGUGGAUCCAAAUUGCGGUGGAAACGAAAACUGCCCUCGGUAAUCUGUUUGGUUUCUGUGCAAUCAUGCUAGGAUUGUCGAUGCCACAGAUUCAAAAACUGGAAACAACGUGGCACACAUUGCGCCAAAAGUACACCGACAGUGCAUUUAAUUUUGAGGCGAAGCUACGACCUACUCUGAACAGCAUGAACGAUUGUUCGAACCCGCAGGCGCCGAACACGACGAUACCGCACAUACUGCCAUACAUAUUGGUUAAGGAUCGCACAAUCAACGACGUACAAACAGAUCCCUCGCAGACGACACAGAAUUCAUCCCUAGUGGCAAGUUGUAUUACCCCGUGGGAAACGAAUACUCAGGACUUUGGAUUUUCCAUACUGUUUGCUCAUCUGGAUUCGGCCAGAAGUUUCAUCAACAAUAUUUCCCUAUACAGGAAGAACGCACAGACCAUUAUGCAGGACACGAGCCGGCUCGAUACACUGCUGGAGGAUGCGUUCAGGACUGAAUUCCAGGUGAAAUUUCUCUGGGGAAGCAAGGGAUGCUUCGUACCGGCCGAGGAUCGACACGCCAAGUUCGAGCAUGUACUCAGCGUAAUGGCAGAGAAGUUCUGCGGUGAUCCGACGGUGAAUGCCGCAGGUUAAACAACCCUAAACGCAGAAAAGUACACCAGGUUCAUCAUCUACCCGUACGUAAUCGUACCCUUCUGUUCAGAUCUUUAAUCAUAAAACCGAGAAAAAUGGGGACAAGCAAAACCAAAACGAAAACUCACUUGAUAGAAGACAAAACAGCACAAAACAAUUUUAGCUCAAAUAUUCAACAAAAGAGAGGAAAUCAAACGAAACAAUAAUUGUAAGCGUAAUUGAGAGCAACUUUUGGGGCUGCGGAGAAACUAUGUUUUUUGGAAGUUGUUUAAAUAUAGCCGUAAAUAUUUCAGACAAAAUUGCUGAUUGAAAUUAGACAUUCCAAUCGUGCGACUUUGAUUAAAGUGAAUGAAAACUAGUCAAAACAAAACUAAAAAUAAAUUUAAAAAACAAUCGGAGUACUUAUUUUGUGAUGUUAUUGAACUGUAUUAACCUUGUUUUUCAGCGAUUAUCCAACUAAUAUACGAACUUAUUUAACACCGUUCCGCAUAUGCAAAACGAGGGUACGGUUUUAUAGAAUUUAUACAAUGUAUGCGUUGGAACAAGCGUCGAUCAGUCGAUCAUUUUCGCAGUACUUAAAAAAACCUUUCAGUUACCUCAUAUUACCGACAACAAAAAGCAAGCAUUAGAAUUAAUCACAGUUACAUCCAUUUCCAAAGUUUAUAAAUAAAAAUACCACUGACAACAUAGACUGAUGAUUUGGGGAUAAAUCCAUCGAGUCGGAACUGUGUUCCGUUUCCGGAGAAUCUUCGUUUUCGAUCCACACAUUCAGAAGCAAUAAACAGAGACGAAUACGAGCUCCAGUUAUUUUGAUUUGUAAAACCAUCGAGGCUAUAUUCCUAGUUACAAAUAAUAAAAAGCUUCUCGACAUUUUUAUAUCCUUUCCAACACUUAAGAUAUCGUAGCGCUACAUUAACGAAACAAAAGGAAGUGAAACUAUCUGAAUAAUAGAAAACCAAAAUACAGAAAUAAAUACAAGUAGUUACUCAUGAACUCUUUAGAAGUGAAAUGAACAUUUAUCCAAGCGUUUCCUCGUAUUACAAAAAAAAAACAAGAAUCCUCAUUCGUAAUCACUCGUUCGAUAGACCACAUUGUAGUAGUUCUUAGGACUGUUAGUUCUGGUUUCUUUUCCGUUUCUCGAGAUUAUUUGUUCGGCGCUCAUACAAUAAUAACAAAUUCGUGUACCAGAAAAACGAAACUGAUAGAAAGUGGCAAACGCUCUAAACAAAGCAUGUAAUCGAAUACGAAGUGUUAGACAUUAACACAUUUAUUUACCAUCGUUAGCUACUUGACCUUUGGAAAACACUCACACAUACACACGCAUACAUAUACACGCAUGGAGUGCGCCGUGGCCGGAACCGGUGGAUUUGGAUGGAAACGUUGGAUUGCAAGGAUAAUUUGAACUUUGAGCGGGUUACAUACAGUUAGAGGAAGAUAAAAUAAAAAUAUUACGUAAUGCAAAGCUGAUAAGCUGAUAACUAAUGGUGUUGUACAUAUUUUGUGGACAAUGGAAUAUGAAAACAAUAAAAAAAGAAGAAUGAAGUUCUAUACACUGCAGCAUAAGCGUAUGAAAAGUAUGAUAUUUAAGCAGGAAAUGAUAUGUAAUAAAUUAUU